UUAGACAAAAACUUAGAGUCUAACUUGUGAUACUGCAAAAUGAAAAAUUUCAAAUAUUUAAUUUUUUAAUCAAGUUUUGUUGUUGUUGUUGCAUAUAACUUAGUAUAUAGAACUUGCGCAUAAAUUAUUUAAAAUGAUAGCUAAUGAUAUUGGAAUGGAGAAGCUUAAUUUAACAUCAACUAUUGGUUUUGCAGGUAAAGUUCCUGGAGGCCUGUUAGUUCAUCCUGAUGAAAAGCAUAUAGUUUAUCCUCUGGGUAACACUAUAGUUGUGAAGAACUUGUCAACACAUCUACAAAGAUUUUUAUCUGGCCAUAAUGACAAUGUCUCAUGUGUUACUAUUUCCAAAACUGGGUAUUAUAUAGCAUCUGGUCAGCAAACGCAUAUGGGUUUUAAAGCUGAAGUUAUUAUUUGGAAUUAUCAAGAGAUGCAAAUAAAUUGUAGACUGCUAUUGCAUAAAGUUAAUGUAGAAGCAAUUGCAUUUUCCCCUAAUGAAAAAUUUCUUGCAACACUUGGUGGACAAGAUGAUGGGAGUGUUGUUUUAUGGGAUAUUGCAAAAAAAGAAGCCGUGUGUGGUGCAGCAGCUGCAGUACUAAGUGCAGGAGUAACACACUGUGUUGCAUUUGCUAGUAUCAACAAUAAUGUAUUUGUCACUGGUGGAAACAAAACCUUACGGGUAUGGGAACUUGAUAUAGAAAAACGAAUAAUUCAACCUACUGAUUGCAGUCUGGGACAUUUAAAAAGGAUUGUACAGUGUAUAACUGUUUCAGAUGAUGACCAAUACAUGUAUUGUGGAACAACUAGUGGUGAUAUACUUCAAAUCAAUAUGAAAACAAAACUGCUGAGUCAAUAUGGUCCAUUAAAAGAUAAAUUUAGUUUAGGCAUUUUGUCUAUUUUGUUGAAGGAUAAUGAGUUUCUUAUAGGAGCUGGAGAUGGUACAAUAUCUCUUGUUAAAGUUGAUAGCUUUAAAAGAGUAAGAUCAAUAAAAGUAGAUGGUGAAAUUACAUCGCUCACUUUAUUUGGUCAGACACAGUUUUUUGCUGGUACAUCAUUCUCACAAAUCUAUCAAAUAAAGUUUGAAGAUUUUUCUUAUCAAGUGAUUAGUACCUGCCACUAUGCAAAAGUUUUAGAUAUUUCUUUUCCCAAAAACUAUUCUCGACUUUUUGCAACGUGCUCCAUUAAUGAUAUUCGCGUUUGGAAUGCAGAGACAAGUAAAGAGUUACUUCGAAUCGUUAUUCCAAAUAUGACUUGCAAUGCAAUAGAGUUUACACCAGAUGGAAAAAGUAUAAUCAGUGCAUGGGAUGAUGGAAAAAUUAGAGCAUUUACUCCUGAAACUGGGAAAUUAAAAUUUAGCAUUCAUGAUGCACAUAACAAAGGUGUGACAGCUUUAAUGUCGACAUCAGACAGCAAACGAAUUGUGAGUGGUGGGGGUGAAGGACAAGUUCGAGUUUGGGAUAUUAAAGUAAAUGAAUAUAAGAUGGUUCAAGCCAUGAAAGAACAUAAAGGAACAGUUACAAGUGUUAAAAUUCGUUCAAAUGAUUCACAGUGCAUCACUUCUAGCAUUGAUGGAACUUGCAUAAUUUGGGAUCUUGUACGUUUUGUCCGUCAUCAAAUUAUUUUUGCAAACUCAAUGUUUAAAGUAGUGUGUUAUCGCCCUGAUGAAUGUCAGAUUUUAACUGCUGGGACUGAUCAUAAGAUAAGUUGCUGGGAAACAUACGAUGGAUCCCCUAUACGCGAAUUAGAGGGAACCAAAUCAGGAUCUAUAAACGGCUUGGAUAUUUCACCAGACGGAUUUUACUUUGUCACAGGUGGUGAAGAUAAACUCAUAAAAGUUUGGAGAUAUAAUGAAGGUGAAAUAACUCAUAUCGGUUUUGGUCAUUGUGGAGAGAUUACCAGGCUUAAAAUCUGUCCUUUACAGAAGCAUAUUGUCAGCGUAAGCACUGAUGGUGCGAUUCUCAGGUGGAAGUUUCCGUAUGAAAUGACAAAAACUAGUUGAUUUUUUUAAUGAAUUUUUAACAUUUUUCUGUACAUAAUUAUUAAUUACUUUAAAAAAUAAA